UAGUGUCGGUGGCCUAUGGGAGUCAAGAGCAAGCCGCUCAGGAAACAGGACACCCGGCGCGGAGCGAGGCGGGCCAGCACAGACAAUCAGGUCCCACGGUGUGUCUCUGGUGUCGGCGGUUCCUCCAGCGUGUGUGUUGGACCAAAGUAAAAAAAACGUCGCGGAAAGUUUCUUGUCUUUAAAACUCCCGGUAAGAAACAAUCACUGUUCUAUCACGAAUUUGUUUUAGUGAAAACAUUCGUGCAGUGCACCUGUUGCUUCUUUUGACAACCAAUAGCAGACUGCCAAAUGUGAAGUGACCUGACAAGCACCGAGCUGUGUCACAACGCGCUGUGUCUUCCUGGCGGAAACAGCGCCACCACUCCGCCAUGGAUGACAUGAGCGACAACUUGACAGCGAGAGGGGAGGAUGAUGCCGAGGGUUUCUUGGACCACGUUGGGGUCGGCAGAGGCAGGAUGCAAGACAUGAACGGGAGUGUGACGGCCUGGAACGGUACAGUGUGGGUUUACCCAUGGGGCGCAUCGCUGUACCCGUCCCGCUACACCACAGUGGAGGUGGCGGUCAUCACCACCCUCGUGACAGCGGCCAUGAUGGUGGUGGUGGUGGGCAACAUGCUGGUGAUCGUGGCCAUCGCCACUGAGAAGACCCUGAACAGCCUCACCAACUGGUUCAUCGCGUCGCUGGCUGUGGCUGACCUGCUGCUGGGCCUGCUCAUCAUGCCCUUCAGCCUCGCCAACCUGCUUAUGGGUUACUGGGUGUUCGGCGACCUGUGGUGUGAGCUGCACGCCGCUAUAGAUGUGCUGCUCUCCACCGCCUCCAUUAACAACAUCUGCCUCAUCUCCCUCGACCGCUACUGGAGCAUCACGCGUACUGUCGAUUACAUGAAGAAGCGAACGCCGCAGCGAGCCAUCGCCAUGAUCGUGUUUGUAUGGGUGUUCUCCGGCCUCGUGUCCAUCCCGCCGCUCCUUGGGUGGAAGCAGACCCGCCCCCAGGACCUCUUCCCCAAGUGCACGGUCUCGGACGAGCUGAGUUACGUCAUCUACUCUGCGCUGGGCAGCUUCUACAUCCCGAGCUGCAUCAUGAUCUUCGUGUACAUCCGCAUCUUCUACGCUGCCAAGGCAAGAGCACGCCGCGGCCUGGCCAGGAGCAGACCCAUCACCAGGCGCGGGACGCCCUCCGCAGCCCUCUACGCCCACAUCGGCGCCGGCCACCGCGCGGGGCUGCUCACCAAGAAGGUGCUGGUGUAUCACCUCAGGAUUCACGAGGAUAUGGAGGCCGCCAAUGACGAAGCCAAGGAGGGAGAGGGCGCGCCUUCCAAAACCAAGCAGCAGGAUGCCCGCGAGACCUGGGACGAGACCGGGAAGGGUGUCCGCCAUGCCGGCGAGGGCGCAGCCCAGCCACUUACUGAGCCGCAGCCCCACGGCGCGUCUCCAAAGGGAGGCCCGCCACAUAACCAGACAGCAAACGCAAAGAGCGGCGUUCAGCCCGCUGCUCCGGUGCCUCCGCCAGCGGCAGAGCACCCCCGCAAGGUGCGCCCGCCUCCCAUCAGGACGCUAACUAAGCCUCGCCGAGAGCUGAUUGACGUAGGACGCGUGUCCACCAAGAUUCUGGACCUUGAGAAGGUCAAGAAGCGGCUGGCUCGUAAGAAAGAGAAGAGAGCCACGUUGAUCCUCGGCCUCAUCAUGGGUUCCUUCAUCGCUUGCUGGUUGCCUUUCUUCCUGCUGUACCUGCUGGUGCCUCUGUGUCCCUCCUGCCACAUCCCAGAUCACGGCUUCCACAUCGCCUUCUGGCUGGGGUACAUGAACUCCGCCUGCAACCCCGUCAUCUACACCAUCUUUAACAAGGACUUCAGGCAAGCCUUCAGGAAGAUACUCUUCAAGUAGAUGGCGCCGCGGCCGUUCCUCUUUGAACACAUUAUCAACGACUCGGAACGCACGGGUGUCAGUCAGUGUUGUGGUGGUGGUGGUGCUUCUUGAUUCCAUUACCUUAAAGUUAGAUUUAAAUGACUGACGGAUGCACCCCAACAUUGGCUAAAUAUACGUAGAAAACAAAAUACGUACGUGAGGUGGCUUGCCACGAAUACUUCCUAUCUCUGUUCCCAAGACGCCGAGGCCCGAGCUUGAGAAGCGCGGGGCGGUGGGCAACCCUGGUGUUUGUUGUCGGGCUCCCAUGAAAACUACACGUCAUCAGUGUUCAGUGUCAUUCAUAUCGUUGUCCCUGAGAUGAAUUAUAACCUCGAUCCCUCACCCAGUACUUCGGAAUAAACUGUACAUACAACUAAAACCUGCUUUCUUUCAACCACCAAAAGUGAAUGCAAGAAUGAAAGGACUGGAUGUGUUCCUUUAAAAAGUCGUGUAACCUUUCUGCGACCCUUUCAUGAUACGUAUGUACACACCGUCUCUCUCUCUCUCUCUUCACCCAUGCAUAGAAUGUAAAGCUCUUGUGUGACAGCGUCACGCAUCCACGCACGCGCACGCACACACACACACAGUCCUACCCGAAGAUCGGUCUAUGAGCUCUGAGCUCGCUCCGUAAUGGGGAA